CUCACUUUCGCGUCCUCGCAGCGCUUGCCAUGUGGAUGUACGCGCUCGUGGGCGCGCUCCUCCUCCUGGGCAUUUGGAGAGCUUUAGGCACCCGGAGCGGCUCUUCCAACCCUUUCCGAGCAGAUUCCAGGCGGCCGCCCGCGCCUCUGGUGACCGACAAAGAUGCGCGCAAAAAGGUCCUCAAGCAAGCUUUUUCCAGGGACAAGGUUCCUGACAGCCUGGACGCCAUCGUCAUUGGAAGCGGCUAUGGGGGCCUGGCGGUGGCUGUGAUGCUCUCUAAAGCUGGGAAGCGCGUGCUGGUCUUGGAGCAGCAUGGGAAGGCAGGGGGCUGCUGCCAUACCUUCAACGAGAAAGGUUUCGAGUUUGACGUAGGGAUCCAUUACAUAGGGCAGAUGCAGGAGGACUCUAUCCUACGCGUGAUGAUCGAUCAACUCACGGACGGGCAGCUCCAAUGGGCCCAGAUGGACUCUCCCUUUGAUACCGUCAUUCUGGGAGAUCUUGACAGCUGCAAGAGGUAUUACCUGUACAGUGGAGAGAAGGAAUAUGUCAAAGGCCUAAAGAAGCAAUUUCCUGGCGAAGAAGCUAAUAUUGACAGAUUUGUGACGCUUGUCAAGAGAGUCGCCAAAGGGAGCGCCCACAUGGCAAUUCUGAAAAUGCUCCCGAUGCCCUUGGUCUGGUUUUUGCACUGCACUGGCUUGCUGGCUUUCAUCUCCCCUUUCUUUAGGAUGCUAUCCAAAACCCUGUCAGAAGUGGCGGCUGAGUUCACGACCAAUGCAGACCUGAGAGCAGUGUUCAGUUAUAUCUUCCCUACCUAUGGAGUUAUUCCAGAGAAGUCAAGCUUCCCUUUGCACGCAAUCCUUGUCGAUCAUUUCUUGGAAGGUGCCUGGUACCCUCAGGGAGGUUCCAGUGAAAUUGCAUUUCACUCCAUCCCCAUCAUUGAACACGCUGGAGGGGCUGUCCUCACCAAGGCACCUGUGCAGAGCAUCUUGGUGAACUCGCAAGGAAAAGCCUGUGGUGUAAGCGUAAAGAAAGGUCGAGAUCUUGUCAACGUCUAUGCUCCUGUUGUGAUUUCUGAUGCCGGCAUCUUUAACACCUAUGAGCAGCUCCUGCCAAAGGAAUUGCUAGCUUUGCCAGGUGUUCAGAACCAGCUCUCCAUGAUCAGCCAUGGCAUAGCAGGAAUCAGCCUCUUCAUCGGACUCAAAGGUUCCAACGAAGAACUGGGAUUUGAAGCUAAGAACUACUACAUCUACCGACACAACAACCUCAGUGAAGCGUUUGUUACUUACUUUAAUUGUUCGAGAGAAACCGCUCCAGAGAAUAUUCCCUUGCUAUACAUUGGUUCUCCAUCGGCUAAGGACCCCCUCUGGGAGAAGAGGUACCCAGGCAAGUCCACUCUAAUUGUCCUGGCAGUUGCAAAAUAUGAAUGGUUUGAGGAAUGGAAGGAGGAAAAGGUUACUAAGAGGGGAGCGGAGUAUGAGGCCUUCAAAAACUGUUUUGUGGACAACAUAAUGGAAACGGUUCUGAAAUUUUACCCUCAAAUAAAAGAUAAGAUUGAGUAUGUCUCUGCGGGAACUCCUCUCACCAAUAAGCACUACAUAGCUUCUGUCCAAGGAGAGAUGUAUGGUGCAGAUCACAGCAUCUCCCGCCUCCAGGUGGAAGUCAUGGCCACAAUACGCCCUCAGACCCCUGUCCCAAACCUCUACCUAACAGGUCAGGAUGUCUUUGUUGGUGGCUUUCCAGGAGCACUUCAUGGAGCCAUUGUCUGCGCUUCUGCUGUCCUGAAGCGUAAUCUCUACAUCGACAUCAUGUGGUUAUACGGAAAAAUCAAAGCCAACGGUGCCAAGAAGAAAAACUGA